CUCAAGUGAGUAAUUCCGAGUUAUUUUUAGCAGCCUACUCCUCCGCGGCUCGUUCCCCUUUUUCUUUUUUCUUUUUUUUUUCUUCUUCUUCCAUGGCUUCCUGACAUAAAUAAUGCAUUCGUGUGGCAGAGUCUCGAGAUCCUCGUGGCAACUGAUGUUCAGAGUCGUAGCACAGAAGUAAAUAAAUCAAAGGGAGGCCGAGAACACGACGAUGGGGCGUCUGGUGACCACUGGGCUCUCGCGUAGCGGAGAUUCGGACGCCAGGAGGUGGCCUCUGAAAGUCUGCAGCGGCUCCCAUCAGAUUCACCUGACGACCGAGUACCGGGAGAAAUUCUGCGUACCUGCCACUUGUGCGUCAAAAAUGGCAGAAGCCCAGGACCGUGUUGGUCACAGCCAAGUGACGGGGAGAGCAGCUUUGAAGCCAGGUGACACACGACACGGAGUGGCCCUCACAGCAGCCAAGAUGGUGCCGAAGUACACCAAACCACAGACCACCAUGGAGCUCGUCACCACCUACUCGCAGGAGUACAGGCGACCUCAGGCUGAAGAGGGCAGAUUGGCCCACCGGGGACGUGCCACCAGACAGGACGUGAUCCCAUCAUGCACAGGGAGGUGUAAAUGGGUGGGCAGCUCCUCAAGAAUGAGCCUGACCUCCAAGCCCCACCAGAGGCCCCCCACUCACUUGUGUUUAAACAUCUCCAAAACUGACCACCCACCUUCUGGCCAAUUGUCCCAAAGAAGCAGCGUCUCGAAGACCCCAGCCAGCCCUGAAGCCAAAGAAGACCGCUGCCUUGUGUCCAGUGAGCCUCCUUCUGUCACGAGAAGGGACGUCCCGUUGGAGGGCCUCACCACUUACACGGCCGACUACAGGUGGGCGAAUGUCGGAAGGUCAGAAACUCCUCCGUCCCAGCUGAGGGUCACUCGCCGGACCUCCUCAUCCUCCAUGUGUGCCCACACAGUCGAAGCUCCGCCCGUGGUCUCCCUCCAGCGGGUAGUCGUGACCCACCACGUCCAUCACGAGGUCUGUUUGACGCUCCACACUCUGACGUCGGUGUGCGAGCUGAGACGAGUGGUGUGGGGGAAGGAGGACUGGGACCCCCAGAGCCCCUCCAAGGAACUGACAGAAGUGACUGUGCUGCUUCAACAGGUGACGGUGGUCCAGCGUGACGGUCACAGACGGAGCCGAGCGUCAGCCACUGUCUCACACCCCUCACAGACACUAGACAGUGGGGGUCCAGCUUACUAAAGACCCCUGAUGUUUGGUCGCCGUUCACUCUGAGCUUUUUGCUUUGUAUUCCUCCUUAAAGUUGUUAGUGGAGCACUUUAUAGCGCCUUUCACCUGCCGCUGUCUCCU